CAGAACAAAACAGAACAGAACAUGGACUUGCCUUCUUAGCAGACAACAGAAACUACGAGAUCAAAAAAGGAAAUGGCUCUUCUUAACGUCUAUUUAUGUACAAAAAUCCCACCAAAACCCCAUCUCUCAAUAACCAAACCUUCCCUCUCAAUCCCACACUUGCCUUCUCUAUCCUUCUCUCACUGUGAUAAGCCACAGGCAUUGAUACCAAACAAGCAGCUGGUGGAAGAUUUUGCAAAGACAGGCUUCCUUGCUAUUCUCUCUGUUUCUCUCUUUUUUACUGAUCCUGCACUUGCAUUCAAGGGAGGAGGACCGUAUGGUUCUGAAGUUACGAGGGGUCAGGAUCUUACUGGCAAGGAUUUUAGUGGCAGGACCUUGAUUAAGCAAGAUUUUAAGACGUCCAUACUAAGACAAGCCAAUUUCAAAGGUGCAAAAUUGUUGGGAGCUAGUUUUUUCGAUGCUGAUUUAACAGGGGCUGAUCUUUCAGAUGCUGACCUUAGAAGUGCAGAUUUCUCAUUGACAAAUGUGACAAAGGCAAAUUUGAGCAAUGCUAACUUGGAAGGUGCACUUGCUACUGGCAACACAUCUUUUAGAGGAUCAAAUAUAACAGGAGCUGAUUUCACAGAUGUGCCCUUAAGGGAGGACCAACGUGAAUACUUGUGUAAAUUUGCAGAUGGGGUGAAUCCAACUACUGGAAAUGCAACACGCGAUACAUUGCUUUGCAACUAGUUUCUUUUCAUACUGAAGAAAUGAAACACAGGGGAGCGGCUUCACUGCAUCUGUAACAGCUGCAAUUUUCGUUUGAGCUCAGGUUUGCAAUAACUUAGUUGUAUGUAAAAUAUCUAUAGCCUUGCUUUUAUUCUCAUCUGUAUAAGAGGUAUACAUGUAUCUGUAUAAUGAUUUAAACAUCUAUCAUAGAUCGGAUUCUUUUGUCA